AUGUGUUAUAAAAAGUGUCAAAGUUCUUUUCACGGGAAAAUAAGUGAAAUUCCGGGAAUAUCUGUGGAUAAUUUUACUGGAAAGAAUGCUACAUCAAGAGCUUACUUCUUAAGCCAUUUUCAUGCUGACCAUAUUCAAGGUCUUGAUGAGCCCUGCUUACUAGAACAUUUGAAGAAAACUAAUGUAUUUAUCUAUACAACAGAAGUCACAUUAACCGUCAUGAGACAUGAAUUUGGGGAUAUAGAACUUCUUGAAUAUGUAAAAGGAUUAAAUAAAGAAUCCAAACUGAUAACACUACCCAGUGUUCCGGAAGACGAUUUGGACGAAAUGUUUGUGGAGGUGACACUAAUUCCUGCAGGGCAUUGCAUGGGAUCUACCAUGUUUCUCUUUAAGACCACAAAGAAAACUAUUUUAUACACAGGCGAUUUCCGUAUAAGAAUUAAUGAUAUACCAAAAUACGCAAAACUACACGAGCGAAACGGCGACCCGAUAAACAUCGACGCGAUGUAUGUGGACACGACCUUUAUCAAGGAGGAAUUCGAGGAUUUUCCAAAGAGAAGUGAAACAGUUGAUACUGUUAUCUUUGAAAUCAAUAGAUGGCUGAAGACCAGUGCGAAAUAUGCAGUGGCUAUAUAUAUGCCCGCCAAUUUUACAUAUGAAUUUAUCUUCAACCAAAUACAAAAGAGAUUAAAUACAAAAGUAUAUGUCAAUGAUAAGAAGUGGAGGUUGUAUAGCACAAUACCGGAGCUUGUUCCUGGUAUAACAAACGAUGACAGUGAGACCCGGAUACACCUGUGCGCGUCCAGAUCCGAGCGAAACUCGCAUCCGUCGUGCGUGAGACAGGAUUAUGAGAAAUACCUCUUUGUUUAUCUCACCGCCAUGAAGUGGGAUAACUAUAAUGUCGAUUCUACACCCGUGAACCGGGUAACUCCCACCAGAAUAGACGCUUGCUUUGCCACACACUGUUCACGGCGGGAGGUAGUGAGUUUUGUCAGUUAUUUUAAGCCGGUGAAAGUGGAAGGAUUCCCUAACGGUUAUGUGGCUGCAACGCCAAUUAAGAAAAGUAUUGAUGAAUUUGUGCUUUCACCCAAAGAUAGAAGCCCUUCCGGUGUUAAAAGAAAGUAUUCUACGACUGCCGACAAACACAAUAUGAAGAAUGUUACGAAGAAGAUUUUUUGA